CGCGGGCAAGGAUCGGAGGAAGAUGCAAAAUGGACCAAGCACCGACGAAGUGGGGAUCUGGAUUAAAAGCAAACGAGGGCAACGUCUCGGCAACAGAGCCAUCUCGGACCUUGAAGAGUCGAGGCCGGCCGAGGCCACUUCCGUUUCCCAUCCGCAUUUCGUACGCAGCACGUUGGCUCUGUAUUGCUGUUGUUGUUGUUGUUGUUGUUGUUAUUGUUGUUCCUGUCGCUGUUACCGUUGUCAUCAUCGCUGUAGUCGUCGUCGUCGUCGUCGUCGUCGUUGUCGUCGUCGGCGACGCGAGCACGUCGCGAGCAGUUCCUGUAACGGAUCGCACGUCCUUCUCUCUCUCUCUCUCCUGGAGGCGACAAGCCGCGCAAGCCGGGCCUCGUUGUUCAUGUAAUUGAAGGCGCCACGACUCGGACGAUUGACACCGACACGAUGACGUCGAAGGGAGCGGUGUGCCUGCUCCUCAUGGUCUUGAUGUUCGGAGGAGCGCAGUGCAGCACCAGGUACUUCGUACAAGUGCGCACCAACGCGUCCGAGAUGUUCAAGACGAAGGCCGACAACCUGAGGAUCCUUCAGGACCCGAUCGCGAUGACGCCGAAUCCGUUGUACGACAACACGCGUGACCAGCGUCAGGACGAGGACGAGAGGAUGAUCAAGGAGCUCUCGAGCGACCAGUACCAUCGGAGGAAUUCCUUCGUCGAGACCUCAACCUUCAAUCCGGACGUGCUCAACAAGUUCCUCGAGGAGUACGCGAACAAGAUCAAGAGCACUACCGAGAAAGACUUCAAGUUCCCUUACAGAAUCCCGCAGCCAACCGCGGAGUCGCUCGUCCUCGAGGUCGACGACGAGGCCACUGAGGCUACCACCAGCCAUGAGCAAGACGAGAAACCCGAUGAAAAUGCGAACGCUACUUCGAUCGCAGAGGACGCGCUGACCGAGGCAUUGAACGACACGUUGAAGAGAAACAAGUACUACGGUACAAACACUUACGAGGACAGGAACGGCUGGGUGACGCUGGAGGCAAUCCCAUGGUCGAAGAGCAAAAUCUCCAAGUGGCAGGCCAACCCCAGCACGCAGCGACCUUGGCCGGAGAUAAAGCCAGCGUGGGAUAAGCCGAGCAUGAAACCAUGGGCCAGCGACUAUUCCAUCAGACCUACUUAUGAAAACAACAAACCGUGGUAUGACAAGCCGAAACCCAACUGGUCCGACAACAAUGACAAGCCGUGGCAAAAGCCGGUCUCCCGUCCUCCUUACCACUCGGAUGACGCGUCAUCGUCCACCCAAGCGCAGAAGUGGCCGCCAGAGAGGCCGUGGAACAAGUACGAUCCUCAUCGUCCCAACACCGACAUCAUCACCGACGACAGGCCGGCGAAUUUCCCCAGCACCUGGUCGCGGCCGCAGACCUCCAAACCGUCGUACCAAUUUGUCGAUAGGUACCCGGAGAAGAUUCAGUCGGAGAACGGCAACGACUGGCACGAGUAUCCAUCCAGGUUUGACCAGGACCGGCCGCGACCCACUCUGAUUACCGAGAGACCCAACUUUUCGCACUACCAAUACAUAAACAAUCACCCGCCGAGUCAUCCGGCCAGCGGCGACGGUCAAUGGGUGCUCUUGUCGACCAACAGGGGAUACUCCAAGUCCAGACAAAGGUCCAUCAAGAUCGACACGAUGAACCCGGAGGUGUUCAAAAGGAUCAAUGCGACAACCAGUCACCGGAACGGCAACAGAGAAGAGCCGGAUCUCGCGGUACCCGUGAUGACCUCGAAACGACAGGUUAGAUUGACGGUGUUGCCGUCAAUCAACGGCACGAACACAACGACGUCCCACGGGGGUCUACUGGAAGUCGAGAAGACGUUCAAGAGCGUCGAGCAGAGUCGCAAGGAGUACGAGAUGCAGAGACUGACGACCGAGGCGAAUACCCUGAAGAAAAGACCGAUCAGGAACACACUGAGCGGCCAAUCGUCCAGCUCGGCCGUUCUGGCGGCCGUUGGAGCAGGCAUGCUGCCGGCGACGAUGGCGAUGAUGAUACCAAUGAUGCUGGGCCGUCGAAAGAGAGACGUCUUUUCGCUGACGGACCGCAGCAGCCCGGGCAAGUCCAACGACCUCCAGGUGGACCACCUGCGUAAGCUCACGGUGGAGUACAGCGCCCAACAAAGGAGAUCAGCGAGACAGUAGGCCGGAAUGUGAAGGUAGCGAAAUUCCCGUUCGCGAGUCUAACGACGCGAGUCGGCGACGACAGUUGAAUCAGUCGGGGCUCGGGGAGAUGGGGAGCGAGACGCGGGGACAGCGUGCGAACGAAAUCGAAACUUUCGGACUUCAGGGUAAACGAAACUGCAUUGAAAGCCGUUCGGUCAAAAACCGACUCGCGCGCGCGCGCGGUUAA